UCCAAUUUUUAAGUAAUUUACAUCGCGUACAAAACUCGUAACGUAAAAUAUCUAGUAUUUACUGUAAACAACUACCUAAAUUAUCUAGGGAAUUUUACUUAUUCUAUUCUAGUCCUACCUUUCUCUUAAGAAGUGAACUUCUAGCAAAGAAUCACGAAGAAUUCAGAUGUUUUUAAUCACGUCUGAGUUCGCAGACUUUACAUGAUUUAAUUAAAUUAUUGGAUUGCUAUAACAAUAAGGUAAAUAAUUUAAAAAAUGAUACUAGAACAAUGAUCUAUUCAACAAAGAAUAUAUAAAUUAUAAACAUCCCCGGAUGUAAAAUAAAAAUUCACUGUUAGCAAAGGAACUAAAUCUAAAAAAUAAUUAAAUUAUAAAAUCGUUUAAUUAUAAAAAUAACAAGAUGAACAUAAUAAUUGAAGAUUCUCGAGGAAACUUGAUAUCCAUCUCUGUUGAAGAGACAGACACAUUCAGUGAACUUAACAGACGUAUGCAAAAAGAAUAUGGAUUAAAAAUGGACUUUAGUAAUUUACAAGGGGAAGACAAUAUCGAUUUAGAUGAAAACAUUCUUACUUCUCUAAUGAGAAGCCAAAGGUUUGUUGUUGUCGGCGACAAUACUGGUAUUGAAACCGAAGGGACUAUUGCAGAAAAUCAAUGGGAGGAAAAAUAUAAACCCAUAGUAAAAGAAGAGAUAAUUAUUUAUACAGAAGAAUUAGAAGAAAAAAGUACCGGUAUCUUUCACAAACCAAAUCCAUUAUUGAAAGAAUACCCAUUAUCAUUAGACCAAGUACCAAAAAUUGAAGAAAAUGUAGAGGUUCAUCAGCAAAAUGAAGGCAUUGAAACUCAGAAGGAUCAAAUUAAGUCGAGUAAUAAUUAUCUAUAUAAUGGAACUCAAAGUGCGGCGAAAGUAGUUCUAGAAAUAAAGAACGAUGUGGCUUCCCCACUUUGUAGACUCUGUUCACGUAGAAGCGACAAAAUGGUAUAUAUUUUUGGAUCAACCGACCUGGAAAAGAAUAUAGCUGAGAAAAUAGAUAUCUGCUUGCCUAUUAUGGUAAACAAAACGGAUACAUUGCCAAAGCAAGUUUGUUAUUCCUGCUUGGAGAAGUUAGAGAUGUGUCACGAAUUUCACAAAACCGUUUUAGCAUCCGAAUUAAAUUUUUUCAAAAUGAGCUCGGAUCCACAAUACUCUAAAGCUGAACGGAAAUUUUGUUUGCUAUACAAGCAAAGUACGAAAAACGUUUCUUCCAAAGUUUUCAAAAGGCAUCCAAAUGAACAAGAAAAUAAUUCAACAGAAAAUGAAAACGAUUCUGAACAAGUAUCGAAUAAGUCUCUGAAUAAUCAGUCAAUUAAAAAAAAAUAUCUAUUUUCAGAAGUAAAUAAGUCAACAUUGACCGAGUCUUCAAAUGCAGGCUCACUAAAACCAGAGAAUACAGCUAUAAUUGUAUCAUCGUUCUUAACAGAUCCAUUAAUUUCAUCAGACAGUAAGAAAAUUGAAGACUCUAUAUUACCAGGAAUAGAACCUUGUAACGAUUCAGAAACAAAAUCGAAAACAUCUCUUGAAAACAAAUUUGAGCAUACCCAUGAACUUUCUCGUGAGAUGUACUGUGGAAAAGAAGAUGAUAAAUAUGCACUUUAUCCUUAUGUAAAUUUAGGUGAGCAUGCAUAUAAAAAGUUAAGUCGAUUUUCAUUAGCAGACUGUAAGUUAAAGACUGUAACGUGUCGCGUUUGCGGCGCAAGUUUUCGCACUGUUAGAAAGUGCUAUGAACAUUCACAAGUUCAUAUAACCGAAGGUUAUUAUCCCUGCAGUAUAUGUGAUAAAACAUUUAACACGAAGGAAGAGUAUAACGAGCACAGUGUUCAGCACACCGAAGGCAAAAAAUAUGAAAGGAGAUUAGCCACCUAUGUUUGCGGUGAAUGUGGAAAAAAAUUUGUCACCGAAGGAAGACUUCGGUUUCAUACUACGUUUCAUGAACCAAACGCUACCCCUCGCUAUUGUGACAAAUGCAACAAGUUUAUGGUUUCAGAAUCAUCUCUUUACCAUCAUCUUCUUAGAGUACAUUUACAGUACAAGGAGUUCUGUUGUGACAUUUGCGGUCAACAGUUUAGAGCUCAAACACAACUGGAAUCUCAUCAGAGAAAGCACAAAGAUGAGCGACCCUUUGAGUGUAUGGUAUGCAAAAAGCGUUUUUAUUCCAAUGAAAUUCUGCAGCGUCACAAGAAAUUGCAUCUGCCGGAUAAGCCCUACCAAUGUGAUCAAUGUGGAAAAAGAUUUGACCGAAUGAAUACCCUAACAAAGCACUUAUUAAGACAUCAGGUGGAAGCAGGUCGAUCAAUGUUAUGUAACGUUUGCACUGGUUGCCACGAAGUUUUAAGCGAAGAGUCACAGAUAACAACGCAUAGCUUAACUUGUGAAGCCAUUAGAAACUCGAAUAAACAAACUGUUGAGGAAAAAACUUUGAGGGCUAUGUACAGAUGCGAAUUUUGUGAACGAUCUUACACCGAAGUUAGGUUCAUGAAGAUACACCGAUCUCACCACAGUGGACCAUUGCCUUACAUCUGUAUAAUAUGUGAUAUUGCUUUCGCAACUUACAAUCAAAUUACUGCACACAAAUCUGCCCAUAAAAGAUCACCAAAAGAUAUCAAUGCCAAGGAAAACGUGAUCGUACCAAAGUACUUCUCCUGUGAGCACUGUGACAAACAUUUCCUACAUUAUACCAGCAUGAAUGUUCACAGAAAGGUUUGCGAAACAGGCAAGGUUUGGAGGUGUCGAUACUGUGGAUCUACCUUCAGGAAUGCAAAAGAAUUGACGAAGCACAAGUCCGGCCUGGACAAUGGCGAAACCUGGAACUGUCAAGAAUGUAAUAUUACUUUCAAAUCUAUUUGUGCUUACGAGAUCCACAUGGAGGUUCACGAUGAAACAAUUAUUGGCCUCACUUGCCCAUAUUGUGGGAAAAAAUUUAUUCAGAGAACACAUUUGACCAUUCACUUAAGGAGUCAUACAGGGGAGCGCCCAUACGCUUGUGACUACUGUGAAAAAAAAUAUAAGAUCAAAGCUGAAAGGGACAAUCAUCACAGGACUCACACUGGAGAGCGACCUUUCAAGUGUAUUUUUUGCGAGAAAAGUUUUACCCAUUCAGCCAGACUGAGAGAACACGUCAAAUUUCACUCAGGUGUUCGACCCUACAAAUGCACUCUCUGUGACCGAGCUUUCAAAAAAGCCAACGCAAGAACCGUGCACAUGACCAUUCACACUGGGGAGAAACCAUAUCGGUGUGAUAUUUGUGAAACGUUCUUUAGAAGAAUCGGUGAUAUGCGAAAGCACAAGAGAACGCAGCAUGGAAUUGAAGAACGUUCAAACGCUAUCAAUACAACCAGUGACAAUUUAAAACUAACAGCAUGAUGUAAUUUUGUUACUUGACUUUUAUAAAUAUUGUUAAUAAUUCUAAAUAUUAUUAAAUUAAAUAAAAUAUUGUAA